AUGACACUUUGUUUUACUCGUGAAGAUUUAGAUACUCCUGCCGCCCAGUACAUGCGCAACAUAAAAACUCCAGUAAAUUAUGCACAGAAGGAGGAGGUAUCAAAAUCUGAACUACGGGGCGGAAUGAACUUUGCAUUUGCAGGGAGUGGUGUUCUCGAUGUGUCAUUUAGUCCCUUCCCACUGAAAAUGCAAGUGGAUAAAUUUAGGGAACAAAUUGAACAAAACGUGUAUACCAAAAUUGAUCUUGAAAAUUCAGUUGCUCUGGUGUCUUACACUGGCAAUGAUUAUAUGUACAAAACUAAGAAAGGUGGUGGCACCUUGAAGGAUGUGUUCGAUCUAACUAAAACAGUUGUUGAUCUGCUUACCAAGAACCUAAGAGAAAUUCGUGAUUUGGGAGUGCAAAAAAUAGCAAUAUUUGGAACACCCCCUAGAGGAUGCUUUCCAGAUUACUAUAUUGAAUUGCUUCAAAGCUGCGAUGAAACUUGGAACGAAGCAUCGAGAUGGCACAACAAGUUACUGGAAGAAUCAUUGCAAGAUUUGAACAAGGAGAGCAAUGGAUCCAAAUUUGUAUAUUUGGAUCUUUACAAUGCCUUCAUUUCAGCAUUGUUUAACAAAAAUAAAGGAACUACGGGAUAUGAGGAUCGAUUCAAGGCAUGCUGCCAGGGUGGUCCCAUGGAGUGUUUCUCAUUCGCUCUGGCUAAGAAAAAAUGCGACCAUCCUGAAUUGUCAAUCUUUUGGGAUGGUGCACAUCCUUCACAGUAUGGUGCAAAUGCUGGUGAGUUUGCUAAUUCUGACAUGGUAGAAUCCAAGCAGCAGCAGACAUGCCAAAUGGAUUACCCUAACAAAAGUCCAUGA